ACGCACCACAGCACCACGAAGUACCUGCAUUUGGUCCCUGCAUCUGUCUCGCGUUCCGUGAUAUUGGACAUCUGCAGCAAUUGCCGUUCCGGCGAGGCUAGAACAACGCAGCGUCGGAUCCUCUAAGGACACUCAUUACUUCCAAUCCCCGCGGUGAUCUGAAACAGAAUCAGUCUCAGUCGUUACACGUGCAGAGGAAGGGACUGGCGCCAUGUCCACGGAUACUUUCCACCCAUUCCCCCGCCUCCCAUGGGACAUCCGUCGCAUCAUCUGGGAAAUGACGGUCGAACCACGGACCGUGGCCAUUCGCCUCGCAUAUGGACCCCCGCUCAACCCAAAUUCCAAAAACUACUACACAAGCGUUGUCUCGCCGACGCCGGUGCCAGCCACGCUGCACACCUGCCAAGAAGCCCGAGAUCUGGGCUUGUAUCAGCGGGUUUCCACGGACUCUUUCGGGUGCAGUGACCCCGAGCCCUACAAGUACUUCUGGCUGAAUUGGGACACCGAUCUGAUUGAUGUUCAUGAUUGUCCUUUCGCUACAUUUGAUCGGAUUGCGCCGUUGAUCAAGCGGCUCAAGCUCGAAAGCGAGUUUAUAACGGACUUUGACCGUGAAUUCAUCUCGAGCGGCCCUUCGGACUUCGAGGAGUUCUCCCAUAUCUUCCCCAAUGUCGAGGAACUUCAUGUAGUGUGCUGCCAUCCCACCUACAGUUUGGAUAAACUCAAAAUCUACUUUGCUUCGACAGGUUCAUCUAUUUUAUCCAUAAUCCGGAAGACUUGUUCAUUAUGGAUGCAAUGGACCCCAGAUUGGAGUUAUAUCACUAUGCAUAGGUAGUAAAGCUGUUUUGCUGCUGGGCUGGUUUGAGAGGAGGCGGUGUUCUUCGCCGGUUUAGUUCGACAAUUGAAAUUCGAGAAUAUGUCAGGGUCAUUGGUGUGUCUAGAUCCCAACGUAUUCCCAGCUGAAGUCGCUGAUCACCGAAUGGCCCGAGACAACAAGUGGAAACCGCUACACCAGCGACGGUUGCGGAAAAACGUGAGGGCGCAUGCGGAUAACUCUCCAUUUGAGGAAGUCACGAU